GAAGCAUAAUAGAUAGAUAGAAAGAACACUAAAACACCCCCCAUUAUUUUUCUCCAUCCAUCCAUCCUAACCAAAUAUUUUGUUGUCGUUUCAACUAAAACUAACAUGAAUGAUCACCAGUUUCAUCUUCCAAUGUCGUUUUUCAACAACAUUAAUAUUACAAAUAACAAUAAUAAUAGUAAUAACUCUUCCCAAGGUUGGGAUCAUCAUCAUCAUAACAACAACAACAAUUUCGACAGCCUUGGAUUUCUCAACACCAACAUGUCUUUUGAUAUGAGUGAGAACAGUUCAUUUCUUUUGUCUCCUAAUUUAUUAAGCUCAGAAAUAUUAGAAGUAGAAGAAGAUGAUGAUGUUUUUUCAACUGGUUACUUAGAAGAUGCCUUGUUUGAAUUCACUGAAAAAUCAAAGAGAAGACGUUUAUUGGUUUAUACUGAUCAUAAUCAUCAUCAUCAUGAAAAUCUUCUCUCUAAGAGUUACUUGGACUCAUCAGCAGCAUCAUCAUCAUCAAUAUCUAAUUGGGAAAUUAUGUCAUCUCAUGAUCACGAGAAUAAUUUUAAUUUCAUGACUCAUAAUGGUGGGAUAAUUUUAAACAGAGAGGAGAUGAAAACAGUAUCAUCCAUAUCAGAAGAAGAAAAAUCAUCACUUGAUUCAUCUUCAUCUUAUUAUUCUUAUACUAAAUUAUUAGAUUCAGCUAAUAAUAACAGCAACAACUCCAUCUCUGACAAAGAGAACAAGUACCCUUCUUCUGAUAGUAGUAGUGGUGGUGAAAAUGAAGAGAGAAAGAAAAGGGUGAUAAAGAGGGUGGCAUACCCAUUCGCGGUGGUGAAGCCGGGAGGAAUAGAGGGUGAGGUGACCUUAAACGAUAUAAACGAGAGAAUCUUGAUGCCACCGACCAGACCAGUCAAGCAUCCGGUCGGUGACUUCGCCUGUCGACCAUGUGUGUCUCCACAUGGUCCAGGCCUUUCUGGUAAAGCUGUUGUUGCUCUCACAAAAAUUCAAACUCAAGGUAGAGGCACAAUCACUAUUAUUAGAACUAAAGGUUAAUUUAAUUAAUCCAUAUUAUUAUUACUUAAUUACUAUAUGAUCUUAAUUAAUUAAUCAAUUAAUUAAAGGGAAAACUCCCUCCUUCUACCCUAAUUCCUAUCUCCCUCUUUUAAAUAUAUAGAAGCUCAUUAAUUAGCAUUUUUCUUCUUCUUCUCUAUGUAUCCUCAUUAAUUUUCUUUCUAUCAAACAUGUGUAUAUAUCAUGAUCAAAUUAUGUGAAUGUAUCUACUAAUUAAUUAUAUA